AUGGAACAAACUAUUUCCAACCUACUGACGGACGAUUUUUCAGGGGUGGAAGUAGACUUUGAUAAUGAUAAACUCAGUGAUUCUGCCAAUGGUGGUGAUCUGUCUAACAGAUGCCGAGAUAUAGGUGAAAAUAACCGCCAUGAGGGAAUGUGGACACGGUCUGAAGAAAGCACAGAGGAAACACAUGAUCUAGUAAGUCCAAGAACUCAGGAAGAUGACAUACACGGCUCUGAUGACGAUGAGGUAGACCAAGAGAACAUUGUGUUAACAGAACAAGAACUUUGUGGGUCAUCACUGAUGAAUGACAUUCAAGGGGAGGACGAACAAGUUUUUGACCAGAGGAUGGAUGAGGACACUCUGCAUGAGGAAAGAGUGAAAGAUGAACUGGAAGCAAGUGCAGGAUCAUCAGAUAAUGUCAGUCUGGAGACUGAAGAAAAUAUGCAAAGUCCUACCAGUUCAGACGUAGUUAUUGAGGAUCAGAGUACAGCCUGCAUAAAGAGAUUCACAGCGGAGGGAUCACCACAUAUCUUAUACUCUGAGGAACUAUAUGAGGAGAGAGCUCGUAUGUCAGAAGAUGAAGAAUCGGAGAAGGAACAAGAAUUCAUUAACUUUGGCCAGACAAAUGAGCAUUACAAUACUGUGGGAACAAAUAUCCGAGAUCUCUUGACUGAUGAACAACGUGGAGAUGACAUAAGGGAAUUUUCAGAGGAAGAUCAAGAAAGGACUGGGGAAGAUCUUGCAGAUUACCCCUCAGAUUUGUCUCAACCUGAAGACAAAGAAUACAAUUUGAAAGAAGAGGAGAGCUUCACUGAUGAAUUUGGAGUUCAAACAAGAUCCCUUCUAAUACCUUCUAAUACAUCAGAUAGUGGUUUGAGAAUGACAGAGACUGCUUAUCUUCCAAAUGAGAUGAGAGAAUUCCCAGUCAACCUAAGUGGUGAGGGUCUUCAAGAAGAAGGUAGUGACACAGAGGGGAUUAACCGAAAUACUCACAUUGAGAACCUGAAUGAGGAUGAGUCAAGUGACUUCAGUACCAAUGAUCAACCUGAAUAUGAGACUGACAUCAGUAGUGAGAACUCCAGCACAAAUCAAGAGGACCCUUUGUGCACAUUGCCUCCUAAUGGGGGGGAGAGCAUAGAAGAAGUAAGGCAUGACUCAAAGCUAAACGAUGAAGGGCCAGAAUGGGACCACAGGACAGAAAACAUACAUGAUAAGAGCCAUGGAAAUAAUCUGAAAUGUGCCUCCGUCUCUCCAAAUUCGCCUUGUUUUAAGGUUCAAGAUUCCAAAAACAUGGAUUCUGAUUUACCUAGUGACGAUCAAUAUGAACAGAAAAUUUCCAGUGAACUACAUCCCUCUGAAUCAGCACUGCAGCACACAGAGAUAAAGGAGCAAAACGUGUUAUCUCAGGACAUUUCAGACAUGCCAGGAGAUAUCGUCACCUCAAUAUCUGGAGAGUUUUGGUCUUCAGCAUAUUUAGAGGACUUUGAGAGCAAACUGGAAUUAGAUGGGUUUCUUCAGGUAGAUCCUGAGUAUCAAGGUCAGGCAGAUUCAGAUGAAGAGCUCUUAGGCCAAACAGAGGCAGUCCUUGAUGAGAAAGUCAACGAUGAAGAAGACCAAGAGGAAGAAGAGAGAAACUGGGAGCUAGACAGAGCAAGAAUUGAAGCAUUUUACAGCAUUGACCUGACCUCCACCGAUGAAGAUGUUAACACUGAACUGAAAUACGAGGACCAGAGCGAAUCUGAUGAAUUCGAGGAGAGGACAUGGCCUCAUGAGCAGAUAAAGACUUUACCAAAGGAGCAAAAAAAGGUGGUAGUGACACUGGAGACAAACAGCCAAUGCCAAAGGUGUUGUGGCUUGCUGAAGACAGCUCUCACACUGAGUCUCUUGCUAGCAGUUGGACUGGUGUCCUUCUGGUGGGUCACAGAUGAACUAGACUGGAUGCACUGA